CAGCUUGGCCGGACCGUCACAGCCGGGACGCGAACUCGGAUUUAUAUAUGUAGCGAAUUCAGGGGGGACAGUCCGGGACCCGUAUCUCCCGCGGUCGGGAUCGCUAAAGUGUCUACUUAUCCAUGCACGUCACACCACCCCCUUCCUCCGAGAAGGGCGUGACGGGGCGCCGCAAGCGACAACGUUAACCAGUCGACUAAAGGGUCCGACCCGUUAGCCCGUCUACUUAUCCGUGCACCAGAGUACCAACCUGUAAACCGAACAGGGCUUCUUCCGUCUUCUCUCUGAGCUUAGUCACCUGGCACCUUGACGCACCUGCUCGUAGCGCUGAUUUACAUCAGACAGUUUGUUUUGUGUGCUUUGCUGUGAGCCCAGAAGAAGUUCCGGGGGAGCGAUGGCGGUGGUUCAAGCGCAGUCUCUCCGGGUCUCGGAGAUAAAGGACUCGGCGCUGCUCUUCGAGCGCUACAACACGGAGGAGAUCCGGGGGCUGGAGCGGAGGGUCCGCGGUGAGAUCGAGCAGAAGAAAGAGGAGCUCCGGCAGAUGGUAGGGGAGCGCUACCGGGACCUGAUCGACGCCGCGGAUACCAUCCAGGAGAUGAGACAAUGCUCGGAGACGGUCGUCCGGUCCAUCCACGACAUGAACCAGUACUGUCACAGGCUGAAACAAGCGAAGACCAAUGCCCAGUCCACCGGCAAACAAGAGGGUGAUUGGCAGUGGCAGGGGAAGUUCUACACCAUGGCAUCGCAGAUCAAACUUCUCCUGGAGAUCCCUGAACGCAUCUGGAGUGCCAUGGAGGCAUCUCAGUUCCUGCAGGCCACCCAGCUCUACCUGCUGUGUUGUCACCUCCACAGUCUGCUCCAUCUGGACACUGCCAAAGGGCUGCACUACAGCUCUGUCCUGGCCCGUUUCCCCAUCCUGAUCCGUCAGGUGGCCACUGCUGAACACUUCAGGUCUGCCAUUCUUCUGGAUAGUAAGUCACUGUUGCGGGGCCGUGCUUUCUCAGAUCAGGCGAUUGCUGAGGCCUUGGUGGCCAUCAUGCUCCUGGAAGACAGCUCCCCGCGACAGGUUCUGGCUGACUUCCUACUGGCCCGGAAGGCCUCCAUCCAUCAGCUGCUCAAUCAGCCCCAGCACGGAGCUGGGAUCAAGGCCCAGGUGUGCAGCCUUGUGGAGCUGCUGGUGACGACUCUGUUCCAAGUCAAUGCUGUCUUCUACCUGCCCCCAGAGGGCAGCCCCAGGCCAGGCGAGGGCUCCGUGAGCUGUGGCUUGCUGUUCACCAUCCUGGAGAAUGUUACAUCCAACACACCCGCAGGCAAAGGCAGGCGUGUGUUGCAGGAGGAGAUGAGCACAGGGAGUUGGUUCAAAUACCUGCCGUCCUCGAUCUCUGAGUUUCAGCCGGCCCUUCGUACCCUAGCUCAGCCAAUUCAGAAGGACCAGCUGAGGGACACGGUGCAGCAGUGGAUCCAGACCUGUAAAGAGGACAUCUGUCAGGGUGUAAGCAGUUUGCUGGUGUAUGUAAAGAGUCUGAAGGGCCUGGCGGCCAUCAGAGAUGCUGUUUGGGACCUCCUCUCUACUGAAUCCAUCAGUCAACACUGGAGCACUAUCUGCCAGCGCCUGCUAGAGAGCCCACUUACCGUCUGGAAGGACUUCCUGCAAGAACUGUUCCUCCAGCGCUUGCAGGCCAUCACCCAGGAUGAAACGGAGGCCAUCUCAGCCAGCUCCACAGAGCUGCUCACCUCCACCCUGAGGGACUUGGAGGGUCAGCCCGCCCAGCCUGCAUCCUCUUCAUCCGAUGCCAGUCACGGCCCUGCGAAUUGCCGCGGGGCCCAGUACGAGUCAGACGUGGCCUCCUUCCUGUGGUCGGAAGCCCCGGGUGACUUGCUGAGCGACACAGCCUGGGUGAGCGUAAUCCAACGCGAGCAGCAGCAGGAGCGCAGUGGCCUGGCUAUGAAGACCCAAGCCCUGACACCCUGCGUCCAGAGUUUCUGUUCCUCCAUUGACACCAAGCUGAAGGCCAGGCUAGAUGACCUGCAACACUACCUUCCUUGCCAGGACAGAGGUCCUGACCCCUCAAGUCUUCUCUCAAACUCAGGCCCUGUCUCGGGACCAUCCACAUCUGCAUUUGAGCGUUUUAUGGAUGCCUCAGCUGUGGAGGAGACCUUACGGGAAGGCAGCCUGAUGUGUGUGCGCCAUAUCCUGGCCUUCAUCCGCCGGGAACUAGCCAAUGGACCCCCUGACUCUGUCCAAAGCCCUGCCCGCCUGAACGCGGUUCUCUUCAUGGCCAGGUUGUGCCAGUCUAUGGGUGAGCUGUGUCCCAACCUGCGACAAUGCAUCCUGGGAAAACAUAGCAGGGCGGAGGACGUGGCUAAGGGGACGCCCAGGCAGGGAAGGAAGCUGGGCAAGGCUCGGGCUGCUCUGGAUGUUUCCCCUGCCCAGGCCAGGUGGGGGAGUCUGAAGGAGGAGCUGCUUGCCUGCAGUAUGGAGGCCUACCGCAUCUGGAGCACCACACUGUCCAAAGUUCUUGUGGAAAGGUUUGCUGCAGUGCUCCAUGCUGAAUCUGCGGGUGCUAUACUAAUAACAGCCACUAACUGGGAAGAGCUAGAGAUCCAAGAAGAGGCUGAGUCAGGCAGCAGUGUCACAUCUAAAAUCAGACUUCCUGUCCAGCCAUGUUGGUUUGUCCAGUCACUGUUGUUCCAGCUGUGUCUGGAGGUGAACAGGGUUGGGGGCCACGCCCUGCCACAGCCCACCCUGCUGGAGCUACUCCAUGCCAUCCUAGACCAGGUGCUCCACUGCUACCAGACUCUUAUGGAGCAGACCCAGGACAAGGAGAGUGCUUUCCCUAUGACCCAGAACAGGGCCUUGCAGAUGUUGUUUGACCUGCGCUCUCUCAGCGCUACCCUGGGAACAAAGCCAGGAGAGGGCAAGAGCUCUGGAUCUCCGCAAGACCCCGGAUUGCAGCAAAUCUACGAUUGGUUGGAAAGCUACAUCGAUCCCUUUGACCUAGAUGUGUUCAUGAUGCCCUUCAACUCGAAUCUCAAACGCCUCUCACAGAGGACCUCGGUUCUCCUGGGGCUGUUAACAGGGACAGAGAAGCAAUUUGCUCCACGGAGCAGCUCUGUGAACUCCCAGGAGCCCUAUAACAUCCUGCCGCUCGCCAACAGCCAGAUCAGGUUUGGGUUACUCCCUCUGAGCAUGUCCAAUCUACACAAGGCGAAGUCGGCCACCAGCAGUACUGGCCCGGCACGCCCGCUGGCACAUCCAGUAUCAAUGCCAGCCAUGAACAACAGCUUGAGCCCUGGUAACCUGUUCAGACAGCUCGCCAGUCAAGAGGAAGAAACGGCUGCUCCCUCAUUAUUCAAGUUGAGCUGGUUAUCUGGCAUGGCCAAAUAAGACCUUUUCACUGAGGGUUUGUCAUUGGCAUGUGAAGGACCUUUGUAAAAAUUACUUAUAAAUUAAAAUUUGAAAUAUUUCUGUGCUUUAGUACGGAAAUACUGCCUUAAUAUUACAUGUGUUUAUCUGUACAGUAUUGCAUAUUUUGUAAAAUGGAUUGAGUUGAACAACAGACAAAGCUGAUAAAAUUCUUGUCAACGGCUGUACUUGGUUUAUCGAUUCAUCAUUAAAGUGUUGUAAUUAAUGAAUAA